UACGAUUUUAGUGCUGGUAUUACGGUAUUAGUGAACGCGCGCGUUGACCACCAAAGAACGAUUCCGAUGUCGUUGUUUUUAUGACCAUGUAUUUACGCGUUUAGUUUUAUCAGUUUAUGCAAGACUUGUUACGUUUGAAGGAAUAUAAAAUUACGACAGAACGUUAUGGAAUCGUUAUUACCGUCAGAAAUGGCGCGAUUAGUUUUAGGUUAUCUAGAGGAACAAAAAUGUGAAGAUGCAGCCAGAUCUUUUUUGCAGUCGUCUCCGCAUCUUCUAGAAUGUAGAACCGUCAAUUUAAGUGGCAGACGGUUCAGUACUAAAGUGAACGGCUUUACGUUAACAGAAAUCUUGGAGAAGUUCUGUGCUGCCAAUGCAAUGAUACAAGAAAGAUUAAGCAAAGUGGCAGAUUGCGAGCAACUCAAGCACUGCGGUGAUUUACUAGAACAGUUGAGGUUUCUGGUUGACGGAUCACGAGGACAGCGUUUUGUUGUGAAUAUUAAUGUACCGACAACUUCCCAAGCUUCCGGCAGUUCGCCAAUUCUAUCCAGUAGCAUGAGGAAACGUCAUCACAGUGGAAGUGAAAGAGAACGAUCGAAGCGUGCCCAAAAAUCUCUCUCGCAAUGUUUAGGGAAAAAUUCUGAACCUACUUCCAACCAGCUAAAUUGCAACACAGUGGAAACAACGCCGCUGGAAAAUUUGCCAGGCCACUCAGGUUCAGAGAAAAUGGAAAUAUCAGAGGUAAAAAGUUUAGAAAAGUCUCAAGAAGUUCCAAUUGUAACAAACUAUUCCUCAACCAUUCCGGAAGCAACAGAACAACAAACUGUGACAGAAAAUUUAACAGCAUGUGAGAGGAUGAUGCAGUCGGAAUCGUUUCCAGAAAACAUUGAAAUAAAUGCGGGAAAUCGUGGAAUUAAAUGUAAGGAACAAUGUUCCACCGCGACUGAUACCGAGGAACUUAUGCAAUACACUAAUACCGAAGUGCAAACGACCCCUGACGACGUAGUCGAGUCAGAAACCGAAUCGACUUACGAACCAGUAGAGAAUCUUAGUUUAUUGACAAAGGAAUUACUUAAUCGCACAGAAUUGCAAGAGAGGAUAGCUGAAAAUAUCAAUAAAGCGAUCCUUCCUUCAGACACAUCGUUCAGGGACAUCAGCCUUUCGGAAUCCAUAGGUGGCAGUGGUGGUGGAGAAAUGAACACUUCCAUUAUGACGGAAUUAAAUAAUGCCAUAAAAUCCGUCGUGACUGCGACCGAAAGUGACCCAGUUUUCGCUCAAUUUCUCGAUGAAAUCAUUGGACCCAGUAAUAGAAAUGACGAAAGCCCUGACGAGGAUAACGACCCUCAGCCUCUUGACACUGACGAGUUAACAAGCAAGCCUCCCGAAAAAUUAUUGGAAGCGGCCGGUGCGGAUGGCUGUGGUUUUUUCGACAAAAUGAUCGUUCCGCAAUCACCGGCGAUGGAAGUCCCGUUAAAGAAUCGGUUGCGAAGCUCGACGGGUCAACAAUUGACACGAGCGGAAGAAAAUCAAACAGUUUCAGAAAAGCCUGUUGUCAAAGACGACGCAGCUGCUCUGGAAGAUGUAAAUGCAGCAGCGAUUCUCAGUAUAAUAAACGUGAAUAAUAAAGCGGAAGAGGAGAAUGCAGGUAUCGCAGUGACGAGUGAAAUUUGUGAGCACGAGGUAGAAAAUACGAUCGCUCGAGUUGAGCAGGAAAAUAAAACAAAAGAAAUUGCUGAUACGAAUUCUGGAGAACCUUUAGAAGUAGCAAAACCCAUUGAAAUGACAAAAUCCAUGGAAUCUGAAAAUAUUGGAGCGAUCGAAAAACCCAUGGAAGAUGAAGAACCCAUCAUACCAACAACAUCGAACGCUGAAACAAAAUCUAAAAGAAAAUUGAAUGUUCGACGACCGAGGAUGUCAAAACCGAGAGAAAAACAAGCCUUGGUUGUCCCUCAGAAUCUCAUAUCCGAAGAAGAAAUAAUGGCGAUGCCAACAUUGAUAGUAUGCUCGAAAGAAGAAAUUUCGACGAUAAUGAAUGCCGCGCCGAUUACGAACGACGCUUCCGGAGGUUACUGCGCUUCGCAGUUUCUUCCAAUAGCGCCAAAACCAGCGGAAAUAGCGCCGAAAUCGGAACCAAUUUAUCUUCGGACCGUAACAGUACCGACUAAAAUAUCGGAAAUUCCAAAAUUGGGUGGUGAUCAAAUGCACAAUUUACAACCAGUGCAGAGGCCGCCUUGGCCCGAAAGCAAUCCCGCAGAUCCUCCGGUCACAGUCAACCCCGAGCCUCUCGUUGAUCAGAAUAUUCUUGUUAGAGUGCCGGCGCAGACGGAAAACAAUGAACCAGAGAAAAUAACGCUUUACGGAAACGAAACGAGCUCAAAAACUGUGCUUGAAAGCCCUAUAAUUCCGUCACUUCAGGUCGACGAUCCACCGACGAGCGUUUCUGGCACAGGAUUAUCGCCGUAUUUGAAGUUCAACAACGACAAUCCCAAAGAACCAGCACCUUCCGUGCCCAUGUUGAACGUCGACGAUGACUCGCAGAUCGCCUCGACGUCGCAGGUCGACAAUUACGAUCACAUAACGAAGAGAACUCCUCGAUCUCUUCUGAAAAGUCGAUCGAAGAACAACCGACUGAGCAUGUCAACGCCGAGACGGCGAAGCAGCCACAUAAGAGCUUUGGACUUCAACACACCCUCGAAAAGCAUUAAAAGUGGGCGACGUAUGAGCACGAACGAGAGCUUCGAAUAUUCCUCGAAAAAUACGAGCUUCGAGAAGAAAGUUUGUCGCGCGAGUCUCUUCAAGUCGCCCCCUUUCACUCAAAAACUCAAAAGUCCUUUGAAGGAUCGUGGACUCUGUAAAAUUCCAAUAGCAACGAGAAGUCCAGCGCCGAAGCUCAUGGGCGGUUGGGAAAAGUACACGGGGGUUGGAAUGAUCCUCGGCUGCUCUUCGCCGAGCUCCUCCAGCGGCUCUCCCAUCAAAACGCCCACGACUUUAGAUCCAACUGUCAAAAGCUGGGACGAAGAUCUCCGAAAAUCUCUGAUACCCGACGAAGAACCAACUACUUCAAAAUCCACGAAAAAAACACUCCCGAAAAAGUUAACAACGAGCAACAAACGUCAGGCCAGGAAGAAAAGUAUGCCGAGCACUUCGGCACCUGCGAUCGACGAAGCUUCCAGCGAAUCAGAAGCCGUUCUAGCUCCCAACGUAACUCAAAACUCUGCCAUACCUCCGGUUUCCUCGAUCAUCGGAAGUCAAACGAAACCACGAAGUCUUGGAGAAAAAUCAGACAAAUUAAACCCGACGAAAAAAAUGCCUCAGAACUUGACGAGCAUUCCUGAAGUAUCACCAUGUAUCGAAGCGAAUUCCGACGCCCGAAACAUUUCGAUGAAUCUCGUAAACGACGACGUUUCUGGUAAAACAACCAAGAAAAAAUACGCCAAAUUAAAAACCAUCACGACGAGUAUAACGAGGCUUGAAAGAUCGAGUGAAAUUAUCGGAAACUCGAGCUUGACCAUAGAAAAAGUAGGAGAAUUUUCGUGUACAGAAAAAAGUCGAACAAUGCCAGAUAUGUUAGAACUCGAAACGCCCCGCAAAUUCGAGGGUAGUUUCGGGAUCCCACCGACGCCGAGGCUCCUCAGUCCUAGCAGCAACUUGACAACGCCUUUCGCUCAAAUAGUCGACGACGUCACGAGGCUUCAGGGUUUCGUCUCAACCCCCGAAUUCCCACCGACGCCGAGUAUAAACUUGACGCCGAAACAAUUGAGCGAGGAUGGCACAGAGAAGAAGGACCAGUUUCAAACGGGAUCGGAGUAUUACGAGCCAAGCUCGAAGCCGAAAGAUCCAAGACCCAAAAGAAACAACGAUCACAGCAGGCACGACAUGAGUCUCCCUUUGCCUGGGAUGAUGAUGGCGAUCGCAGCGGAAUCUCGUGUCAAAAAUAUCAGUGUCGAAGUCGCCCAAGGUUUUGAAGCUACGACCUCGAGCAACAGACUUGAAAUCACCCAGUUCGAAGUGAUCAAAGAAAACUUACCGCGCGAAGAGGCCUUUCGAGAGCUCAAAAUUUCAACCUGCCCCAGCGAGAUUUCUAACAACGAGAACUUGUCGGUUUCCGUUCAAGAAACCAGCGAAGUAUCUCAAAUAUCCUCGGAAGACGAUGCUCACGAUACCAAAGACGCGAAUAACACGAGCUCAACCCUCGACGAUUCUUCGGACAGCGACACGAGCUCCUCGUCGGAUUCUUCCUCGACCUGCUCGUCCUCCUCGUCGACGAGCAGCAGCAACACUACGAGUACCUCGCCAAAUUUCACACUGAAUAAACAAUCGCCUAAAGCUCCUGCCUGCAAAAUUUACACCGAUACGAGCAACGAUUCCGCGCAGAAAUCCGCCCAGGCUCGCGACAACGUCGUCACCGAGGCUCAAGAAGGAGCAACGAAGAAUUCGCAUGAGAAUGUUGAACUCGUCGAUAAUUCAACGAUCCCAACGGCUCAAAGUUCUCGAGAAAAAAACGAAAAUUCACCGACUAAAGUUUUUCCUAUUUUGAAAAACGAUCAACAGCUCGAUGAGUGCAUCACCGAAACUCCGGCCAAAGACGAAAGUCUCCUCUCCGAAGCUGUCAUUUCCGAAACUCCUAGCAGCUCGAAAGCUGGCAUUGAAACGACGAAUCUGGAGUCGAAAAUUUCCGCCUUCAUAUCCUCCGAAAGCCAGGCCAACACCGACGAAAAUAAUUCAACACUCCCUAAAAAAAUCAUGCCGAAAGUCGUGAGUAUUCAACGAAUUUUGCCGAACGUUUCAAUCGCCAUGAAGCCUCCUCCAGCUUCGGAUAAUCUCUAUAACGCCAUGCAAUCGAGAAAUCAAUCAAAAUCCAUUUCGGAUGCUAAGCUGAGCAGGCAUUUGGAAGAAAAACGUUUGAGGGUCAUGGCCAUGUUCAAAGAGAAAGAAAAACCGCCUCUUCACAGGCCACGAAUAAAGCGCGCGGUCGUUAUCGCGAGGGCCAAAAAACAUGGGUCGGAAGGUCAAAAAUCUUCCGAGACCGAAAAAACGGAAAAAGAGAGAUCACCUGAAACUGAUAAAAUCGAAGAGACCGUAGAAACAGUCAGACCAGAAGUCGGUAUAAAAGAAACGACGAAUAACGCAGCUGUGAACGAAGUUGAGACCGAAACGAAAAAUCUUCGUGUGGAGGAUGUCAAAAUCGCGAACGAAAACAAUGAAGAUAAUCAAGAAAAAACUCCAACGACGAAUGUGGAGGAAGAAAAAGCAAGGCAAAACCUGGACGAGGACAAGUCCGGACUGCCCGAGAAAAAGAGCUUCGACGAGAAGGGAGAAAAAUUAAUGGCGAGGAAAACGGUGAACGAUGAAAAGGAAAGAGCAGCGCAAAGAGAGAACAACAAAAAAUUGCAUAAAAAUCGCAAAGUGCACGACGAAAUUUUCGAUAAUUCCAUCGGAGACAAACAUUUCAAGGACGAGCUUCCACGUGUGGAGAAUGACAACGGUGCAGCAGGGAAAAAAGAAGAGACCAGUAAAAAGAGCCACAAGGAUAAUAAAAAUGACAAAGCAACGGAUCAAAAAGACAGUAAAACGCGAAGAUCAGUUUCGAUUGAACGAACGAGAUCGAAGAACGAAUGCUGCGUCGAAAAGACUGCUAACCUUCACGAAAAUCUUCCUCAAGAUUCAGUAAAUCAACAAAACGUCGUUAACUCUCAAGUUUUGCCAGAUCUAUCUCAGAAAAAGUCCGAAGACCUCAAAGAAAAAGACGAGAAGAAUGUCGAAAAUGGUAAGAAAGAGAAAAAAGAGAGCAACGUUGAGAAAAAGGAGAGAAAAGAAAAUGAAGAAUCCAGCCCGGCGAGCGUCGACGCGAAAGCAAUACCGAAGUCGAAGGUUGAUCUCGUCAAGCGUGAUUUAUUCUCUGACGAGGAAUCCAACGAUCAGAGAACAACGCGCUCGAAAACAAGACAAACUUCAGACUUUCAGAGAAGCAAAAGCGUCGAUCCACUCGUUUCCUCUUCGUCAAGUUUGUCAGAAAAAAAUAGCUCCUCGUGUGCGAACGAAGACAUGCCGGGUGUUUUGGAGUGUCUGGACCUCGUACCAACGGUCAAAGGCGACACAAACGACGAAGACUUGUUGAUCCUUGAUUCGACAAAUAAUUCGAAUCAUGGCGAUUUCAAGUUCGUUUACGAUGACAGUGUUCCCACGAAAAGAAGAAAACGAAAGUUCAGCAACUCCGAAUUACAAGUCUCCAUCCAGGUUGAAACAAAGGACGGCACUCUCCGUUCAAAACUCAUGACGGUCACCCCUCUCGAAGAAAUAUUCAAUCUGACACCGCCCCGAAAACGACGAGGAGCCACGAAAGAAGUAAAGCACACGCAGAUCAAAAAGAAAGACAAUUUGCCUGUGAAAAAAGUCAAAAGUGGCUUCAAGGGCAUCCAGGACAAACCUCUCGCCACUUCGUCGCCCGUUGUCAAAGCUGCGGCAUCGAAAGUCGCGGCGAAAACUUCAAAAUCACCAAAGAAAAUUGAGCCACCAUCGAACGAUGGGAAAAACAAAAAAAGCCAUACGAAAAUAGAUUCGAAACAGCAGGAGCACGAGAAACAGAAUCCAAAAACCCGCAAAAGAAAAGGAUCGCUGUCCAAGGAUACCGAGCAGGUUGACAAGAGGCCACGACGCACGAACCCGAAACUGCUACUCGACAAAUUGGAUCUGGACAAAUUUCUCACGACCGUUCAUGGACCAGCCUGAAUGCUUCAAACAACAAAUAUUUCCUGCACCAUGAAUAAGAAUUUUGCAACAGUGAAAUGCAAUGAAAUUUGAUAUGUUUCUAAUAUCACCCGGGAUUGGUGUGCAAACAUUCAAUCGAAAAAUUGACGAAAUCUUUUUCAACAUGUUUGUCAAAAAAAAAAACUUUUAAAAAAUUCAAAUUUAUUUUAAUCAACCGAACGAAAGUUUUUAUUGACCACAGAAGAGAUUUAAUAGCAUUCGAGUGCGAGAAGUUUAACACUGAAAACAAAUGCUGUGCAUUCUUUGUUAACUGUGACGUUAGUUAGUAUUAAGGAAAACGCCUGGUAGCUAGACUGAUUGUUGAAAGUGCUGGAAAAAUCUGUAUAUACGUAGCGUGUAAUUUCGUCAGUAACAGAGCUUUAAGAAAGCCUAAUUUUUUCUUCUUUAUAGCCCCAGGCUUUUUGUGUACAUACGUUAAAAAAGAAAAGUAAUCUUAUUUUUCUACUGUCUAUGUAAGCAAUUGGUUUUCCCAUCUUGUGUAUUACGGAGCAACGAUAGAACAGAGUCAAGAUUUUUGUCAGACUGUUUGGAAUGAAAAAUUUGAAAAUUGUAUGUGUUAAGAAAAUAAUCUAAACUCCGAAAGAUCACAAAAUAUUUAUUGAAAAAAAAUAAUAAUCAGAAUUUUUUCACUACACAAUGAUUUUGAUUCUUGUUUCAUCCGCCCAUAAGUUGUUCGCUAUAGAAUUGAGUUCUCGAUUAAAAAUCAACCGCAGAAAUAUCAGAUUCGUCAACUUUAAAUUCUACUACAUGGUCUAAAUCAUUUAAAAAUUGUUUCAAUCAGGUUCUUUGACUUUUGGAAAUAAGUUCAUCGAAUCAUCGGUCGUUUACUUUCACUCCAAACCAAGAAAACACCAAAGGUAAUAACUCAAGUACACAAUGUAUAAAUAUUUAUAGUUUAUUUAACAUUUCCUUAUUAAAUCACAUUUUGAUACAGAAUAUUGAACUGAUUUUCUGUUUGAAAUGUUGAAAAAAUAUAUUAAUCCAUAGGAAAAGAAAAAGGGCAGAAGAAUUUUCCUUGUAAUAGAAUUGACAGCCGCAAAUGUUCAACAUCUGUCUUUAGCUACUUUGUCAAUUUCUUCAACUUGAUCCAUGAAUUUGCGCCAUUGCAUCAUAUUCAUGGCGAUACCUAAUUGAGAAAAAAAAUCCCAUCGAUUAUCAAUUCAAUUUGUUAUCAAUCAACCCAUCAGUUUGCAUAUCUCGGACUCAAAAGGAUCAAAGAAAAAUAGAUAUAUUAGAUUUUUCGAAAACGAACAUUAAAAAUUUUCAAAUUCAUUUGAUUCGGACAUUUCUAUUAAAUAAAAAUUUGGAACUUUUGAAAAUAGGAAAAUCUUGUAUUCUUGAUGGAAAAUAAAAACAACGCAUUCACU